UACGCAAACAAGGAAAGAAAAUGGCGGAAGAAGAAAAUGAAUUGUUGUUGUUCGCUUUGUUUACAUUUUGAUUCUCUUGGUGGCAGUUACGGAAAUAAGGGGGAACAUGGCAAUUUAAAAACGCUAACUGCGUGAUUAUAUAGAUAAUAUGGGACUCAAAUUGAGUUCAAACAAUCCUCCUCGAAUGAGGACUUACUCUACCAGUAGUCCAGGAACGAGCGGUGGGAAUGCAGGAAUUGCAAUUGCGCGAGCUGAGGCGUCUAAUGCGAGGACGCGCGCCCGCAGCCUGGGUAGUUUUCAGGCAGGACACUCCCCUACACUAGGGAUACCCACGGCUAAUGGUGGAGCGCACCGGAGUAAUUCUCCCGAUUCAGAAGCAAGUACACCCGACGAUAUGCCUUUGUCGAGGACAUUCGCUCAUUCCCUGCCUGUUCAUCUGUUUGCCUUACAAGGUAUCAAGUGUCCCGUGUGUUCGAAGUUUAUUCCUCCAGAGGACCUUGAGUGUCACCUUGUAAUGUGUCUCACAAAACCCAGAAUAACAUACAAUGAGGAUAUCUUGGAAGAAGAGAAAGGUGAAUGCGUCAUUUGUUUUGAGGAUCUUGACAAAGGGAAUGUCAUAGCAAGGCUACCUUGUUUGUGUAUAUAUCACAAAUCAUGCAUUGACAAGUGGUUCGAGGUGAAUCGGUCGUGUCCAGAGCACCCCGCAGAAUAGCAAACUGUGAUCACAAACACUCAAAUGGGGGAAGUGUGCUUAUUUCCUUUGUUGAGAGAGAGGGCCAGAGUGCUUUCCCUUGCUGAGAAACGCUGUGUUUUCUUUCCGAGCAAUGACAGAAUGUUUUAUUGAAGAAUGGCCCUUUAUUUGCGAUGAGAGGCAAAUGGCGUUAUUAUUUCUGAAGCACUCCUACAUUAUCUAGGGUAUAUGCAUAGCAUUGGAUGUGGUCAUGAAUUAAAUACGAAAAUAUGCUGUUUUCUUGCAGUAACAUCGUCAAUUUGAUAAAAGAAAGAAUGUAUAUUAUAAAAGACACUUUGCUGCUAAUUGAACACUGAGAACGUGUAUAUGGUUUUAUCUAUGAUCAGUUAAGAAGUUGCUGUUGAUUGUGUUUGCAAGUGAUCGUUUUUCAUUUCAGCACUAUGACACACGGGGUCUGACCCAGGAGCAAGUUAUUUGCAUGUAUGUAGUCACACGGUUUGAGAAAUGAUCACAUACUGCAAAGAAAACAUAAAUUGUAACAAAUUAUUUUUUCUCAGAUUUAAUUAAAUAGAUGUAAUUUCUUCCAUGGAUUAAAAAAAGUACAGGGGCUAGCUCUGGGUGAGCAAAACAAUUCGCCAAAUUGUCUAUUAAACUUAAAAAAAGUACAGAUUGCUGGUAGUUUCAAUUUUGGUGUGAGCGGGGCUAGCUCUGGGUGAGCAAAACAAUUUGCCAAAUUGUCUAAUAAACUUAAAAAAACUGCAGAAAUUGUCAAUUAUUUUCCAAAAAAAAGUCAAUUAUUACAUGAAAUUAUUUCACCAAACUAAAAUAAAAUUUGCCAACUGCUUUCAAAAUUCGCAAUUGGCCAAUUUGGCAAGUGCCAGAGCUAGCCCUGUGUGAGGUGUGGAAUACAACUCUAUGCAUAUACCACAAGUAGUGUAGGAGUGGGUUUUUUAUUUCUUCAAUCAUUGGCAGUGGAGCAAUUAACCCAAGAUGGCUGCAUUCUUUCAAGUUGCCACUGUAGAAAUGUGAUAAAUGUGACUCUUUAUUCAGUGCUGGGCUGUUCAUGAAAUGCUAAUAAUCACUACGUGAUGACAAUAGAGAACUUUUAUAGACUUCAUGAAUGGCAUCUUUUGUGUCGGCUACAAGGAUAUUAGCUUGUACUUUGCACAAGGUUGAUAUGAUUUUGUGAGAGAGAGAGAGAGAGAGAGAGAGAGAGAGAGAGAGAGAGAGAGAGAGAGAGAGAGAGAGAGAGAGAGAGGAGAAUGAGUGUCUGUGUAUAAUCAUUUAAAUAUAUUGAGAUAUAUGUAUAUUGCCAUAUGUUUAGUUGUACUUCUGUGGUGUACAUAUUGUAAUAUGUUUAUUGUUGAUUGUUUUAUCACUUACAAUGAAAUGCUGUAAAUGUUUUAUUGUAGCAGUACAACUAAAAAAUUAACUCUACUGUAUGUACAAUAGGAGUGUGAUGUUUCAUGAAAACCAUGUGUAGAAUAGUGCUAUUAAUAAAGACUUUUUAUUUUUAACA